AUGGACCGGCUAGCACCAGAGAUCAUAUCCCAUAUCAUAGAAAACCUUGUGCCAGAUGAGUACUUCUCGCCAGCUAAAUUCUGGGACGAAACUAGACCUCCAAUCCGCUGUCUGGCACCUUUAGCAGUACUAUCUCGCCGAUGGCAGCCUCUCAUUGAAGAGGCAUCUUUCCGUGAGCUCAAAUUGAACUCAGAAUCGGUCUUGUAUGCAAUCGAGAACAAAAUUCUCACCCCCAGACGUCUUUCAUAUCUCCGCCGGCUGGAUUACUCGUUUCCACCACCAGAUGAAGAACAUCCUCCAACGGUAGGGCCCGAAAUUGACACGGGUUUUAUGCCUCUUCUUCGGCUGCUCGCUCAAAUACCUUUGCAAGAGGAGCCAUUAGUAGAAUUUAACGUCACCAUACCCUGGGCUCCAAGAGGCCCUAGUUAUCUCAGUAAACUGGAAGAUCACGUCGAGGACAAUUUUGAGAAGUUGAAUCCAUGUCUCCCGGAAUUGCCCAUGAUACGACAUUUCUACCUCGCCCGCGGGUUUGAUCGCUUUUUCUACUCCCCGCGCUCUUUUUGCUUGAUAGUGGGUAUGAUGUCGCGUCUGGGAUUGCUUACUCUACGCCUGAUGUCCGAGAGAGGACCGAAGAAUGUGUUAAAAGAGAGAAAUGAGCUCGCACUAUCAUUGAAUGAUUUGCCUUCGUCCAUCCAUCAGUUCGACCUCGAUUACUAUGUUAAUCCGCGCUUGCUGUGGGAUGCCAUGUCUCUUGAGCCGACAGAAGACGACAUUUUGAGUCGAGAGCUAUGCAAAUUCUCGCAAAGAGAAGGCCUGAAAGAUUUCUCUUUUGGGGGUAGCAUCGAGCCUACUAUAUUCUGGCCAUCCGAGUCAGAUACAACCAAAGAACCUCACUGGCCAAGUCUCAAGGCUUUCGAACUCACACCAUCUGACAUGUCGCCCUCAGGGAAGCGGCUUGUCGUCCGCAACGUAUGGCGAUCACCAGAUAACUGGCAUCCUAUGUAUCCCGUUGACGAUGUGGCGAAUAAAUAUUAUGCCGCGGCUGCGCGAUGUGUAUCAUGCAUGCCCAAGGCGGAAUAUCUCUCCAUAGAGCUGAAAGACUCUUGGUCCACGACCCUCGUUUUCUGCACCGAAUAUCCCAACGACCCUGACGAGCCGAUUUUGAGACUCUCAGGAGGAGGAGGUGCCAAGAUCUCUGAGGAGAGUGAGAAGGAAUGGCGGAAGACGGCGGAAAUCCAUAACCUGAAGUUUUCCAUGGAAGUUGAUGAGGAAGAGUAG